AAACAAGUGGAAGGAGAUGUAGCAGACGGGCGCGCAUUAACAACCCCGACACACGCACUACACCCCGUCGGCUCCACUCGCUCUCUCCCGGUGCGCGCUCGCAUCCUCCCUUUUGCAUAACAGGGCGAGCGAUCGUUUUGCGGUGCUGCAUCGGAGCUUCAUGGCCGCGACACUCGCGAUGAGCGGCGGCGGCGGGCAGGAGGAUCCCUUCUAUCCGCUGCAGAAGGCGACUCUGCCCGCCGGAUUCCCUCUGGAGGACUCGGCGUUGUUCGGCUUGGAUUGCAAGAUCACGGACAAGCCCGGGCAAAACGACUACACUCAGGAAAAGUGUGAGAUGGACAGAUAUCUCUCCCCUCAGUCUCUUCCCCUUCCACCUGCCGCAGACAGCCAGCAGAAGCCGCAGAGAGACGGUGCGUCUGUGGUGGAUCACUUCUUCACUGACGAGCACGCUGGGGCUCCCUACACCCUCAACAUGAAUCUUUACCUCCCCGACGCCGCCUACGUGAGGAUGGGCUUGUGUCAGCAGGUGCGGCCCCCUCAGCACCAGAACCACACAGGUCUUACCCAGAUCAAAACAGAAGCUGCCUCCCCGUGUUUCUCCCCCAGCCUGCAGCUGCACUGCCCCAACACUGCGCCCGCUGGGAGCUGCGGCACAGCUGGGCAUGGCCCCGGGAGCGUUGCCAUGGAGACAUCAGCCAUAAACAUGACGCUAACGGGGUUACCAGACUUCACCAGUGUUUUCAACCAGUCGGGAGGCGCCCGCGGUGUCGAUUCGGUGCAGGAAGUGUUUGUCAAACAGGAAAUGUCGUCACAGUUCGAGCAGCACGCUCUCCACCACCACGACAACGGCGGCUCGCUGUUUCAGCUACUAAACUCCGGCUUGGACCAUCACCAUGGCAGCGGUAUGGAGGCUCAGCAUCAGCGCCAUCAUCAUCAUCAUCAUCAGCAGCAGCAGAUACAACACACCCCCACUUCCACAAUCCACGCACCUUUCCAUGAUUUGCCGGUAGCUUCUUCUGCAUCUCAACAAGAGGAGACCGCCAAGCCCGUCUACUGCGGCCUGGGUGGCGGGGCAUACACUCAUCCUCAUGCUCAGGCGCACCCCCAUUUCCUCCAGCAGCAGGUGCCCUACCUGCCGCCCUCGCCGCCGAGCUCGGAGCCCGGCAGCCCUGACAGGCAGAAGGAGCUGCUCCACACUAUGUCCCCUCCUCCCUCAUAUGCAGCCACCAUCGCCUCCAAGUUGGCAGGUGGCACCCCUGGACUCGGCCCCGGGCCGGGACCGGGCGGCCUGGCCCUGCCCCUAACUACAGGUCCUACGCCGGUCCCGGGCCAAGCAGCAGGCCUUCCCCAAGCCCCUGCAGCAACCCCAGCCCCAACCCCAGCUCAGACCACCGUGCCUGCCCGCUACAACCGGAGGAACAACCCGGACUUGGAGAAACGUCGGAUCCACCACUGUGAUUACCCAGGCUGCAAGAAGGUCUACACCAAGUCGUCCCAUCUGAAAGCCCACCUCAGGACUCACACGGGUGAGAAGCCCUACAGGUGCACGUGGGACUGCUGCGACUGGCGUUUCGCCCGUUCGGACGAGCUGACGCGCCAUUACCGGAAGCACACGGGCGCCAAACCCUUCCAGUGCGCCGUGUGCUCGCGCUCCUUCUCCCGGUCCGACCACCUCGCCCUGCACAUGAAGAGGCACCAGAACUAGCGGCGUCUGCACACGCGCUGCAGAUACACAAACACUGUCUUGGCACACGUAAAGCACUCACUCCGUCUCCCACAACUACACUGCUACAAGCUGCCUGAAGCAGAGCGACUCCAACUGACGCCACAGCUCCUCCCGGUGCUGCUAUCAUGUGCUAAAACGGUACGAUAGCCUAAAAAAUGUGUUGCUCUUAACCCAGAGUGAGACACUUUGGAGGUUGUAUAAUAGAAAGAUAAUGGCCAGAUGAAGCUCUUGGUCUCUUAACCUCCAGAUAUACUUGGUAUAGAUUUCUGUGAACAAAUACAUAGAAGAAAAAUGACAACAAAAAGAAAAUGGUAGCUCCAAAAUGUGUCUCCUGUCCAUUUGGACUCUUGUGUGUGAUUGGAAAGAAAGCACUUAUCACUCAAAACUUGUACAUCUUUUGUCUCUGUUCUAAUAUAGAGCUGACUUCAUAUUUUUUUUUUUAUAAAGGAGAAGUUUAUGUUUGCAAAACUAGUCAAGCCAAAUCUUUGUUUACUUCUUGGUUUGUUAGUUUGUUUAUAUAACUGGAAUAUCCAGAUUAGAUUUUUUUUUUUUUUAACCAAAUCUUUCAGUUUGCACUAGAAUUGGUAAUCUAAGCCUGAGCCUUUUUGGGCCCAGGCGUCUAAUUCACCACUGGAACGAUCAUUAUCACUGCUAGACUGAAUCUCUGUGAACGCCACACAAAUCAUUGCUGUUCAGAUAUUAAAAAUUGAAGGCAUUUGUACUCCGGAGAGAGGGAAGAUAGUGCAGGGAAAAAAACGAGGGAGGGGUGGAGCUGGAGAGAGAGAUUUUUGAUUUUAGAGAAAGGAGAUCUGAGGACAGCUGAGGAACAGAGGGAGGUGGACGGUUGCUGAAGAGAAGCAAUUAGCCAAUGAAUUAUUCACGUUGUCUUUCGACGGAUUUCCAACCAGAGAAAUAUAAGCAGAACCCUUAUUCGCUCAGUUAAAAUAGAAUGGACUGUGUUUGAUGCACAAGCUUGAAUGAAGUGUCUUCAGACUACAGUUAGCGUCCAUCCGUCUCAUCCAGCGUUUUACUUCUUUCAAACGUUUUAACCAAAGUGUCAUCUUCAUCAUCAUCGACACCUUAUUAAGUGCCUCCUUCUCUGGUUUAUGUGUGUUCGUUCAGUGGUAGCAGAGCUGUGAUCAUCGUGGACAGUCCUUUUAAAUACACAUGGUGCUGUUUUUAGUUCUUAAUCUACUGGAUGUCUAGACUCAGCUUGGGGGGGGGUCCUUUUCUUUUUAAAUUGCGAGUUUACCCAUCGCUCAUCGUGAUUUAACAGCUCGGCUCAGGCCACUUCACGGACAUCCUGACACGAUGAGGAACUUUUUCGUCAAACUGACAGUCAGUCCUUUCCCACUCUCGGACUCUGUACACAACUAACAUGCAGCUCAGCUGUAUCAGUCAAUCGAACGUGGAUGCAUGAUCUGUUAAAGGAGAGGUUUGCGUGUGAUCACAUGUGCAAAAAUUAUGGGUUGGUGCAAGUGUUCCUUUUUACAAACUGGCCCUGAAGAGAUCCCUGACAUUUUUAGUGCAAGUGAUAUAAGACAAAAUCAACAAUGAAAUAUAAAAUGCAUUGUGAAGUUCAGCUGAAAAUAAUGUGGUUUGGGGAUCUUUCAAGGUUAGUCUUACCAGUGCAGCCCUCUCAGUGUUUCCUUGUUGGCCUGUGGGCUAUGAAGACUUUGGAAUACACCCGUUUGAUUCCAUUAUUAGCUUAUAGCAACUUUAGUUGAACUUUAGACGUCAUUUUUGCACAGAACAAAGAUUUUGUCCCCCGUCGCCUGCAUCCAAAUAAUCACAGUCGGCAUCAAGAGGAACACUUGAUCAAAAACUCUGCUAAUGCACAAACGGACGUGAGAGCAUUGCUUUAAGACAGACCUGGAAACAAGUGGACCUCUCCUUUAAAAAGAGUUGAAUGUCCAUGUUGAUGGUGUGAUUUAGCCUGCGCCUAUAACUGUAUUUGUUCAUUCACUGCAGGUAGCAUAAAGAUAAUAUAGCACUGUAAUGUAUCAUGGUAAAUCUGACUAUUUAUUUGGUUGUGUAGAAGUGGGGGUUGUAUCAGAUCAACCGUCUUUCUCCCCAGCAAAAUGCCUUAAUGUAAAUAUAUGCACUGUAAAUAACUAUUAAUUUUUUUCCUCUUUUGUUAUUAUUUUGUAAACAAAAGGGCAAAAAGAGGAAAAUGCCCUGCAUCCAAAAAAUAUUUGAGCCUUUUUUUUUUCCUUUGGUUUUGUUUCCUUGUCAAAGAUAUUUUGAUGCCAUUGUUUUAUAUAUUGUCCUUCCAACAACUUAUUUUGUAGAUUUGUUUUCUUCCUAGGUAAACGUUCCAAAGACAAAAGUUGUUUUUCUUCAACUGAGUGAAGCCGAUCCUAAUAAAGUCAACUGACACUUUUA